CUUUUAUCAGUAUUUCCACUGCGCUUUAAAACGGAGAAUAACCCUUCGGUUGGUACAAUGGAAAUCCAUACAAACGGCAGCUGGAAAAAGCUUUGCACUAGUACGUGGAAUAAAGUUGAAGUAGAUUUGACAUGCAUGGCAAUGGGAUACUCUAACAGCAGUGAUUAUAAUAGAUGGUAUGAAGACAGUGGCAAUGUAACAGAGACAUCUACUAAUUUCAACUGCACCACCACUUUUACUAAAUGUGAAGAAAGCUUCUCAAACGAACCGCAAUUCUGCAAAGGUAUUAAUCAAUUAUGCAUUUUUUGAAAUCUGUUGUCAGAUCUGUUUCAGUCUUCUCUUUUGUACAUCCUAUUCAAGGUACCCCUAUAGACUUCAUCAUAAUUCGAGCGGUGGACCUCGCCAAGACAUCCUUUCUUGCUUUGGUAACUGAUUAUGUACUAGUGUUUUCUUGAAGACUGCUCUUGAAAAAAACAUGACAUAUAUUAACAAUUAGGUUGUUUUCGAGGACUAGUUUAAAUUGUUGAAGGCGUAAAAAAGACCCAAAAAUGAUGCCUGAACAGCUGCCCAUCCAAGAACCCAUACAACCGAAUUGGAUUUCUAAACCUGUAUGAACACCUUGAACUUUUAAAUUUCUUCUUAAUCCUGCUGUCUCCUUCCCUCAUCUAUAUUUCAUCUUUUAUUAAUUCACUGUUAACUUACCUUCAUUCAUUGCUUAAUAUUUUGUGACUUUAUAAGUUCCCGUCCGCUUGAAUGGUGCAAAUGUAGAGUAUGGUGGCAGAGUGGAAGUAUUUUAUAAAGGGAAAUGGGGAAAAAUUUGCACCAAUGGAUGGGAUUUCGAGGAUGCCCAAGUUAUUUGUCGUCAACUUGGCUUUGAAGAGGCUCUUGCUGAAUUCAUUGAGUCAAACGUAGAUGAUGGAAACACUAUUCCUGUAAUGGUGGAUGUUUCCUGCACUGGAGUGGAGGAUGAACUUGCAUCGUGCGCUCGCACCGAUGGAAAGUUAAAUGUCCCCGAUCAAUGUCAAGAGGGCAAAGGUUCUCAAGCACUGUGUCAACCAAGUAAGUGAGGCAUUAAUAACGCCGAGAUGGAAAUUCCUAAAGGUGACUGGUCCUCGUGAAUAGUCACGUGUUUAAAGUUAAACACCAAAGAUCAAGAUACUAUUAAUUUUGAAAUAAACGAAUACCAAAAUACUGAGAAAGAAUGAACUGAUAAUUGUGCUACUUGCAGACUUGUGCUACUUGUGCUACUUUCUUUCAGAUAACAAACAAGUAAUCGGUAAAGAGGAACUUUACUUUAAUAUUGGCAGCAAUGAAAUCCUUCACUGCUCAAUACGUAACAAAACCAGUUUUGCGAAAUGGGUCAUAAAUGGUCAAAAGGUACAAGGGAUGAAUUCUUCCUCUAAGAGGGUCAAGACUACAGAAGAUGGUAAACUGGUCAUAGAAAAUGUGCAGUUGUCUGAUGGAGGAACAUAUGAAUGCCUCAGACUGGAAUAUGUUCAGUAUUACACGGUUUACAUUAAUGGUAGGAAAAUCCUUUUUAACACAUUUAGAAGACCUUAAUUGCCUCAUUGUCGAGUAAGUUAACAUAAUAGUAAAUGUGUCAGGCAUUCACAAUACGGACACACAACAGGGACUAGUUGGCAUUUCUUCAUUGCUGCUUCGGUAAGUGGUUAUUUUCUUUAUUUAUUCCAACAGCAAGAUUCACUGAGAACACUCGAGACCAGCAGAGCCUUACUGCUAACACAUCUGGUAUUAUAGAUUGUAGUGCUGAAGGAACACCACGUCCACAGAUAACUUGGAGGAAACUAGGAGAAAUGUCAGGACCUCAUGGGAGAAGAUUCAUUCAAAUUUCCAGUGGCAGUCUACAGAUUGAUCCUGUUUACCCUGAAGACGGUGGCACAUACAGAUGUACCAUGACACAAAAUAAAGGAUCAAAAAGGGCCACAAUCAGUCAUAAAAACAUACUUGUGUCUGUUAUAGGUGAGUAAGUUAUUGGGAAAAUCUGAAACUGGUUAGGUCAUUACACCAACUCGUAAUAAUAGUAAAAAUAGUGAUAAAAACUUUAUCUCAGUAUCAAAAACCAUGUAGCCUGAGAGAAAUCCAUGCUAAUAAGGGGACACAGACUAAUACAAAAUACAAAACUUAAAAGACUAAAAUAUCUACCCUAAAAUAUGAAUAAUACAAAAUGUAAUCUAAAAUGUAUUAAAGAUAAAGCUAAACAUUAUAGGUAACUAUUGAUAGCUGAUCUUAAGAAUUUAGUCACUUAGUCACUGGUAAGAUGGGUUUCUGAUUUCAUUUAUUGAGGUUAAAUCAAUCUUUGUUAUUUUUUUGAAGUGCUUUUAAAUUGUUUUGCCUAUAGGCAUUUCUACAAGGUCACCCUAUAUGUUCCAAUGAUUUGUUGUUUUUAGCUGUUAGAAAAGGACUUUCAUCUGGUUAUUUAAAUUGGUCAGAUUAAAAUGCAUUGUCUAAUUUGUAGAUUGAUGUUAGUAACCCGAAAGGUAAUUGCCCUCUAGAAUAUUCGUAUUAUGUGUGUAUAACUAAGCCACUGUGUUUUAAAUUUUGAUUUGUUUAUUCAAAGUUCGACCAGAAGUGAAUGUUUCAGGAGCAAGCAAUCUAAUCAGAGAAGGAGACACUGUGACUUUGACUUGUAAAAUCAUCCAAGGUCGGCCUCAGCCACAGAUAACCUGGCUUAAGAAUAACUUAUCUGUGGGACACAACAUGUCUCUCUCCUUUCAUAAGGUAACAGAAAAAGACGCAGGUCUGUAUACCUGUGAAGCAAAAAAUCGUGGAGGAAUUUCCGCUGAAAACAUAUAUAUUUCUGUUAAAGGUAAGUUUUCAGGUCUAAAAUUGGAUGGUUUUCUUCUCGAAAUCUCUUCUUUUUUUUAAUGUUUACUUUAAAAUUUUGAACUGCAAAUCGACAUGACACAUAUGUACUGCUGGUUAGUCGAGCAAGGUCAUUUCUGUACUAUCACCUUGGAUGACAGGCUUCGCUUACAUGGUGCCUGACUCUCCACACAGAAAGUGGAGCUACGCUAUUGGUGGGAAUAUGGUGACGAGAAAACACAAGUAAAUUAAUUGAGCGCUUUUCAUUCAACUAAUUUAUUCUUGUUUUUUCUUCACUAUAUUCCCAUCAAUAGCGUAGCUCCUUUUUCUCAUCUUUUUUUCUAAGGAACUGUAAAUUAUAAUUUAUAAUAUGGGUUCUCUGGCUUUUAGAAGAUAUAGCACCAACUUGCAGAGACUCGAAUAAUUUGUUGCAAUAUCAUCAUGGUUGUUUGUUUUCUAUUCGGGUCUUGUCAUUCGUCUACAUCCAAUUUACAAUAAUUGAAGGUCGUUUCUCAAUUUAAAACAAGAUUUGAAUGCCGUAGCUCGUCUAUACAUAGUUCUGAUUUACCUUUUCAUAAGGUAAUGAGCAGGCAAAAAUCUAGCUUAAAGUAAUCCGCCGACCUGGGUAGUUGCAAUUGCUAAAAUUUAGAAGAUCAGAUCAUCAUUUUAAUUUGAAUUGUCUGAUGUUUCCUGCACUUUUAAUGAGUUAGAAAUGGAAUAUCGCGCUCAUAUUGAUGGGAAGUCAAAUUUCCCAGCUUAAUGGCGAGAAGAUGGCAAAGGUUUUUAUUCUUGUGUCAACCAAGUAAGUAAAGUACUGAUAGCGCCAGAAUGAAAAUUCCUAAAGGUUUCUGGUCGUCACGACCAUUCAUUUGUUUGAAGUGUUUACAAGUUUACAUUCAAGAUCUAGAUACCAAUGUAUCUGUGACGAUAAUCUCAUCGUAACUCUUCUUAAUUUUUCUUUCUAGUUCCACCACAUUUAAAUCCUGAACUCAGGAAUCUUUCAGUUCCACUGAACUCCACUCUUGAAGCAGACUGUUUUAAAAGAGGUGAUCUUCCAGUUUCUGUCAACUGGACCAAGGAUGGAGAAGCUCUUGGUAACAACAAUACAUUAGUUAUUAAGCGCGUGAUGUUUGAUGAUGGAGGUUUCUAUGAAUGUGCUGCUGAAAAUCUGGUUGGAAAAGUUAACAUCUCCUUCUGGAUCGAUGUUACUGGUAAAUCAAAAUCAUUUUAUGAAGAUUUACAUACGCUGCUUGAUUAGAUCACGUUGUGGAGCGCUGUACUGCCGUGCGAUAGUACAAGCCAAGUUUAUUCAUUUGUUUAUAAAUUUGUCUUUGAUUUAGAUACGUCGUUCAUAUUGAUAUCUUUAUAGGAAUGGAAAAUUACCGUCUGCAUAUGAGUAUCAAUUAAUCUUUUUAUGCUGGUAAUAUCCACUAGCUAUUCCCGUGUACAGUGGGCAGGUGAUUCUUUUACCUCAGGAAAUUCGUGUACUUAGAAUACUCCCAGAUUUGCUCUUCUUACUGCCAGAGUACUUGUGGUUAUUCGAUUGUACCUUAAGAACCUUUGUUUAACAUCAGUGGUGCUCUUUUUAUUUUCAGUGUCUCCCCAGAUUUUAUUGUCUCCGGUAAACCAGUCUGUUAUUAAUGGAGACCCAGUCAUUUUUACUUGCCGUGCCACAGGUGUUCCAACACCAAAACUGACCUGGACAUUUGCUGACGGUAAACUUCCAUUGGGUACCAAUCAAAUCGAUUUUGAGGGAGACUCAUUCCCGGAAUCAUUCCUGGAAAUGCAGAGGGCAACAAAGGAAAUGGAAGGAACAUACAAGUGUACAGCAGAAAACAAAGAAAAUACAAUAAGUUAUUCCACAACACUUCAAGUAUUUGGUAGGUUCAACAAUCAUAAUUAUUAUGAUGAUGAUAAUGAUACUGAUAGGGAUGAUGAUGAUUGUAAUGACGAUAAUAAUAGUAAUCUUAAUUUUAAUAGCAAUUAGGGUAAUGAAAGUGAUGGAUCCACUGCAACAAUAAUAAUCAAUUGUACCUUCCAAAUAUGAGGUGAAAAUGGUGGCUAGUGGCUCUAAGUUGCCCAAGAAGAACUGGCAGCUUGUUAAGAAUGAGGAGUCUCGAUAUCCCCGGAAUUUAUCCAGGACAAUAGAAUCAAAGAGUGCAAAUACAAACUUGAGUGUAACGUAUUUAUGAAAAAUACGGUAAUGAAUUGUCGGAAAGAUAGUCGUUGCACAUGCACCAUUUACCAGUUGUUUAAGAUGAUUCUUCCAUAUAAUCACUUUGUGACAUUUUGUCAUGGUUACUCUGAUCAUUUUGAUCCAAAAGAUUUUGAUUACUGCGAUGAUUGGUAGCUUUGUAUAGGGGAAUAUGUCUUAACAAUAAAAAUAAAGGACCGGGUAUCGGUUAAGUUAGAAGCAUCUUGUAAAUUCGGUUUAAUGGGGUCUGAGAACCUUUGGCAAAUCUCCAGAAACAUUUUGGAAAAGUAUUUCAAACCCUCUUUAAAACGCCUUUGAAGCCAAGUUUCACUCAAAUUGGCACGCUAUACCCCGCAUGUACCAUUUGGAGGGUUGAUUUCGAAUUUCUUAGUCUCUGUAAUAACUACCUUACUAAGGUAUUUUGAGUGAAUUUUUUUUUAAUGAAAUCCAAGUUAUGUUUACAUUAUCUCUUUCUCAACACAGAAAAACCCACUGCCAAAGUAAGUCCAAAACCAUACCCAACGCUCACUCAAGGUGAUAAGCUUGGGUUAACUUGCAGCGUCAACGAAGCAACAGUAAAUAUCACUUGGAAAAAAGAUGGAGAUCCAAUAAAAGAAAGGGCAGUCAUUGAUACGCAAUUGGAUGAGACAACAAGUUAUCUGGUUAUUGCAAAGGUUGUGGAGGAGGACAGUGGCGAACAUUCUUGUGAAGCUCGUAACAGACUAGGAAAUGUGGCCCGCUCCACUGUGAUGAUAAAAGUCAACCGUAAGCUGGCAUUAUUGUAGUGUAGAAACAAUCUAAAAUUUAUUAGCAAUAAAUUAUUUGACUAAAUGGAACCUGAAACUUUUAAGCAUGCUAUUUGCUGUUUUCUGUUUCUUUGUUUGCUUUGUUUUUGUUUUGUUUUUUUUUUGUGAGUGAACGCGUGUAUGGAUGUUGGGUGUAAGCCUGUAAUUAAAAUAUGGGUCCCCUGGCCUGUAAGAUGCAGUAGAACCUUCCUUUAGAUACCCAAAUAAUUAUCAUCAUUAUUGUUUGUUUCCUAUUUGGCAAAGGGAAUUGCUUUACAUCCAUUGUACAAAAAGGCAGGUAAUUUCUCAAUUUAAAACAAGAUUCUAGCUAGGCCUUCUCUAUAUGAUUUUAAUUUACCUUGCUUUGAAUCUCUGCCAUAAAAUAGAAGCCAUUUAUAAUGAGCCAGCGAAGCUCUGGUGAAAAAUAGUAUCCAGAGGGGCUGGCUAUUACUGAGUAACAACCUUUCCCUUAUCAUCACAUGUACUACCUUUUUUAUUUGGCUGAGAACCAUGUGUUUAACUUACACCAACAGGUGCGAGUCCAUUCCUGGUGUGGUAUUAUAUUGUUGGAUCAAUGGCUGCUGCUAUUGCUAUUUUGCUCAUAGGCUGCCUUUUUUGGAAACGUCGAAAGACGGGUAAAGCUCAUUCUUCAUAUCCUGUUUUGAGUAGUUUUUCCAGAGAAUCGUACGUUGUGUGAGAAGCAAAAAUUGGACCAGUUUAUGUUUACUUUUACUUCACCUCAUAUCCCAAUUGUUCUCCUCAAGUUCUUUAUUUUGUAAGUAUUAAUAUCAUCUCGCUUUGCAGGAAAAAUAAAUUCGUUGAGGCACUAUUGGCACGUUUUUACUGUUUCUUAUCUGAUUGAUAAUCUACUAUUAACUACUGAUCAUAGUGCACAACAAACACUCAAGUUAAGGCAGAACUUUUUUCCGUCUUUAUUUCUUUCUUUGAUUUGCCAUUUGGACCUACAGCACCUGAUACAGUCCUGUAAGUCAAUUAGUUUGCCUUUUAUUUACUAAAUUGAAAUUUAAAAAAUAUAUUAGGUGGGGUUUAAAUCUUACUAUCAUGUCAACCACUCCAUUUUGAAAGUUAACUUGAAUGAUAGUCUGCGUGAACAAGUAAUUCUCCAACUUUAAUUUUUUCUGCUCAAGAAAAUGGUGUUUUUUCAUCUCUAGAGUGAUUAUCUUUCCAUGAUGAAAUCAGUCAAAUAAUUUAGAAACUAAAAACUUUUGCGUAACUUCUUUUUCCUUGAUUACGUAUACUUUGAUUUAUCAAUAGAAAAUAGAAUUUUCAUAACAUUUAGUCCUAAUCAAGGGAAGGUAGUUGAGAUGGAGCUCUGGAAUCUAGAAGUGGAUGAAUGGGAGAUUGAAGUGAACCGUGUCUUGCUUCAAGAUGUCAUUGGGCGAGGGGCAUUUGGAGCAGUGUGGAGAGCUCUUCUUAGUUCUCCAAAUGGGAGACCUGGAAAUCGCACAGUUGCUGCUAAAUGCUUUACACGUAAGAUCCAGUCAUCUAUCUUUUCUUCAAAGCACGUAGAUGGAUACUUAGCGUUUCUUUCUAAGAGUGACCUGCUUUGCACUUUGCAGUGAUCAUUUAUCUCAGGUCGACUAAGGCGCUCUGAGAAAUUUAUGCAAAGUUAUUUUUUGUAACAACAGCAAAAAUAAAACAAUAGAGGCAUUAAUAGCAUGAAAAAAUUUGAAGAUGGUAAGCAUUUGCCACAAUCGUGAGGCAAGGGAAAUUUGAAUCCUCGAAAGGAUUCGCUCGCCGACCGGUUCCAUUUUUGUAGUCGUGAGCUCCACCAAGUGGGCUUCAAAGACCUCCUGAGAUGUAAGGUCUAAAUCCUUACCCGAGGUUUUCGCUUCUUAAGCGCGAGGAAACUCGUCAAUAUGAUUUUUUCCUCGGCUAAAAAGUAUAUCCUUUUUAUUGUAGCCACCGCAGGCGAGGAAGGAAGAAAAUGUUUGAUGAGAGAGAUCGAGCUGGGAAAAAUUCUCGGUAAAAGCAAUCAGCCAAACAUAGUGAAGUUCAUUGGCUGCGUCACUAGACAGGGUACAUACUAAGUUUAAGGCAUCAUUCUUGUUAUCUGCCAUAACAUUUGAACUCAGUAUGAGAUUGUUAGCUUAUUGGUUUGUUGUUGUUUUUUUUUUACUGAUUCGUUCCUUCUUUUCGUUAUUUUAAGUUCAUCCAAUCCUUAUCAUGGAACAUUUGCCAUGUGGUGAUCUGCUUGGUUACAUGAGAAAAUGCCGAGGAAUUAAUGAUCGGUAUUAUCUUGGAGAAGGAAGGCCUCAAGUUUUGAACAACUAUGACCUUGUGCUAUUUGCCAAACAAAUCGCCGCCGGAAUGGUAUACCUUGGAUCAAGGGGGGUAAGUAACUUAAAUGCUUCUUCAUUCAAUUUCACCGCAGAAAUAUCUCUAAAGGGACUGUUCUACCUUUUGAGUUGCUUGAAUAUAAAUAUAUCGAGAUUAUAUGAACUUUGUUCGAAAGCAGGUUUCAUAUUGUCAAUAUUUCUCAAGAGUUCCUUUGGUAUUGUCAAUGGGUCACCUGAUGUCGCUGUUAUGCUGGUAUAUGUUUGGUCUGUAAUGAACACCCUAGGAACAAUAGUUCUUACAACCCAUGCAAACUUCUGUACAUUCUUCUCUCUGAUCAUGGUAGGUCUCACAAAAGACAUACAUUUGUUAGCCACUACACAUUUUAGAUCUUUGUCUUUUGGUAGAUAAUCCAUCGUGACCUGGCAGCUCGAAACGUCCUCCUUGAUAACAACUAUGUGUGCAAAGUGACCGACUUUGGCAUGGCAUAUCAAAACUUCAAAUAUGGUCAUGGAAAUGCCAAAAAGGUAGACGAUCGUCUUUGCUUUAUCUUUUUUGUGGUGACACUUGCAAACAGAUUCCUAAGGUUAGUUCUAACUCUGCUUAAAAUUCAUCUUAAUUUCCAACUAAUGAUAGCUCCACGUUCUGCCAUGCCACAGAAUACAACUGAGUUAGUUGACUUUAAUAUUCUAAAUUUAUGACAACUGCUAAAUUUUGAAGCUCCAUAAAGUCUCGGAAGAGGUACACCACCCACCUCUCGUUUACAUGCAUGUCCUUUGUUGACUCGCCAGUAUUAUAACACUGAUUUUUAAACAAACCUGUCGUUGCAGGGCUGUUUGCCGAUCAAAUGGACUGCACCAGAGAUUUUGUUGGGAAAUUUCGCUGGACUUUCCACCUUGAGUGACGUGUAUGUAUAUUUUUGCACUGAGCAGGCCAUCUCUUUAGAUUUUGUCUUAACAAACUAAUAUCCAACACUUAGAGAAUACUUUGGAAAUACUUUUUGCAAUUUUUCCAGGUGGUCUUACGGAAUCGUUCUGUAUGAGAUAGUUACCCUUGGUAAGUAAAACUAUGUUCAACAACAAAUGUUUAUACUUCCCGCCUGUCUUGGUCUGGAAAUGUUGUAGGACUCGUUAGUCAAUGUCAAUGCCUUUAGGACUCAAUUGGCGGACGUUAGUUUGAUGAGCUGUGGCAAAAAACUUGUUGUGCCAAAGUUUACGCCAAUGAUGACUUUUGCUUAGCUUGCCAAAGUUUCAUUCUCUGAGAACUGAGAAAUGUUGUUUAAGGACUUUCCUCGCCCUGACUAUCACACAAGACGAGGAGCAUUUUGUGUUCGACUUCGAAUGAUUUAAAAACCUUUCAGAUUGCUUGGUAGAAAAGUGGUAAUCAAUUACAUAAAAUAUCAGGCUAGGAAACAUCAUGUUUCGAAUGCUGCGGCCAGGCACUAAAAUUGAAUCUCUCUGAUUUAAAUCUCAACAUUUUUAAACAAAAUAUUCAGGAGUAUCACGGCCACAAUUUGUUUAUUUCUUUGCAGGUGGAAUUCCAUAUGAGGGGUGGCCAGAAGGGAAGGUAGUUGCACAAGUCACACAUGGAUACAAACUUCCAAAGCCCGACCAUGUUGAUGACAAACUGUGAGUCUUGCCUUUCAAGUCACCAUGUUCCAUUUUAAUUCACCUAAUCCCCCCAACCUCCGAAGAAAAACAUUUCCUCUUUCCUGAUCUGAUUUCUUCGCUCAUCACUGAAAUCUGUUAAAUGAAACAUAGUUAACAGCGGUUACCAGUUUGUUCAGUUAAAAGUUGUCUUCUCACUUAAUAAUUAUGAAAAGAUUAAUUUUUAGCUAUUACAACCAGACAUUUCUUAUCAUUUUAGCAAUUAUUUGCCCAAGGCUAUCUUGAGUUUUUGAGUAUUGGUUGAUUUUUAUCAUAUAAUUCAUAAACCACAGUCCAGUACUGAGCAUCAUUCCUUUAUUCCAGGUAUGCCAUAAUGAAAAGGUGCUGGAAUUUCGACCCCGACUUUCGUCCUCCCUUUGAAAACCUUCGAAAAAGAAUGGAUACCUACCUUCGUCAAGAGGUUUGUAGCACGAUUUGAACAAGUCCUUGGAGGCCUCUACGAUUAUUUAUUCCUCUAAAAUUACUUCAUAAAUCAUUAUUCUUUUAAAGUUGGUUUCAGCAGAUUAAUAGAAGUGAUUUGGAAUUGCAUUGGUUUCUUCCAACUACACUUGAAGCCGCUUAAGGGAAUUUCAGUGCCUUGAACUUUCAUUUUGAUGGCUAAAUGCGCUAAGAUGUCCCAUGCCUACGAACCCAUCUAUCACCAUCCCUUCCGCCCUUCCCUCUACUUACCUUUCUAUCUACAUUCAUAAUAAAGGGGUAAGUUUCUAGAAAAACUGUGGGGUUGCGUCGAUGGAGAGUAUAACGGGCUAAUUUGAUAUUUUCAACUGAGCUGAUAACGUACAUUGGCCACUGUUAAGAGUUUAAAAGCUGACGUUUCGAGCGUUAGCCCUUCGUCGGAGCGAAUGGCAAAGUUCUAACGUUCAAAACAUUAGCUUGCAAACUCUUUACGGCGGCCAAUUUACGUUAGUGACUAAGUUGAUGAUACCAAAUUACCCAUCUACAUUCAUAACUUCCUACUUACCAACCAACCUGCGUAGAAAACGAAUUUCUUCCGUGCCUUUAACGCGAGGAUCAUUUGUGUGCUUUGAAGUAGUCAUUAUAAUUUUCUUCUUGACUUGAAGUAAAAGAACACUAUGACGAUCAUGAACAAUCUUCUUUUAUUGCCUUCCCCUUUAGACAUAUCUGCACCUGCUCGACAUGAGAUCUUAUGACACGACCAAAUACUCCAAGGUUGAAGACCUCGGAGAUGAAGAUGCCGAACCAAGUGCACGAGCUACAAGGAACGCCGCAGCAAAGAGAUUAGGAAAAUGGGCCAGCGACCGUCGUUAG